GUGGUCAGAGCCAGAUAAAUAUUAAAGUUCAGGCAUUUUUCAGGGGGUUUUCAGACAUUUUAAGAAUCACUAUUGUGGGCUUUGCAGUGAACUGAUGAAGAAAAUGUUUUUCAAAUUAGUUUUGUUCUGGUUGAGUUUGUGGCGUCUGAUUGGAGUGAUUGCCGAUGAUGGAGAGAUGUUAGCUGUUGAAGAAAGAUCUGUCACUCUUAACUCUAAUCUUACUGAAAUGAUGGAUGACAGUGUGAUUCAGUGGAGGUUUGUAAGUGAAAACGCUUUAAUAGCUGAAAUCAAUAAAUGGGCUGACAGGAUGACUGUGUAUGAUGAUGUUCUUGAUGGGAGAUUCAGAGACAGACUGAAGCUGGACAGUCAAACUGGAUCUCUGACCAUCACAAACAUCACAGUGAAACAUGCUGGACGUUAUGAACUGCAGAUCAACGGUGUGAUCAAGUCCUUUAAUCUUACUGUCAUCAGACUGAAGAUCAUGUCAGUGAAAAAGCACAGUUCUGUCACUCUGAUCAAUGAUCUUAUCGAAGUGAUGGAUGUUGAUCUGAUUCAGUGGAGAGUUGGACAUAAAGGACCUCUAAUUGCUGAAUUCAAUGUACUGGACAAAACCAGCAGUGUAUAUGAUGAUGGCUUCUAUGGGAAAUUCAAAGACAGACUAAAGCUGGAUGGUCAAACUGGGUCUCUGACCAUCACAAACACCAGAACCACAGACAGCAGUUUUGAACUCAAGAUCAACCUUAUGAAGACACUUUUCAUUCUCAGUGUCUAUGAGGAAAUAUCAGUGAUGGAGGAAGAUUCAGUCACUCUAAACUCUGGUCGAACUGAAAUGGAUUAUAAAGAGAUUCAAUGGAGAUUUGGACUUAACAACAUUUUAAUAGCUCAAAUCAGUGUAACGAAUGACAUGAGUAAAGUGUAUGAUGAUGUUCUUGAUGGGAGAUUCAGAGACAGACUGAAGCUGGAUCAUCAGACUGGAUCUCUGACCAUCACAAACACAAGAACUGAACACAGUGGAAAGUAUUAUCUAUACACUGACAGAACCAAGUUUUACAAUCUCACCGUCUAUGCUCGUCUGCAGGUCCCUUUGAUCAGCAGUAACUCAACAAACUGUUCUUCAUCAUCAUCAUCCUCAUCGUGUUCAUUGGUGUGUUCAGUGCUGAAUUUUGGUCAUGUGACUCUCUCCUGGUACAAAGGAAACAGUUUAUUGUCCAGCAUCAGUGUGUCUGAGCUCUACAUCUUUCCCUCUCUACCUCUGGAGGUGGAAUAUCAGGAUAAAAACAGCUACAGCUGUGUGGCCAACAAUCCCAUGAGCAACCAGACCAUACAUCCGGACAUCAGCAAGCUCUGUCAACCAUGUUCAGGCUCUGUCCACUGUUGUGGUUCUACUGAAGCUGUGAUCCGAUUGGUCCUCUCUGCUCUGGUGGGCGUGGCUACUGUCAUUCUUCUGGUUUAUGACAUCAGAUCCACAAGAGCUGAACAGGCACAGAUUCUCUCAUCAGAAACAACUGAAAUCUAAAGCAGAAUCCAGAACUUUAAAGGUUCUUCAAAGUCAGCUUUGUUCUUCUACUAUAUUUGUCCUAAUAACUACUGAUGUUUGCUUGAGCUUGUGCCAUCUCUUUUCCUUUUUAAAUUUUUUUUAAUGGUUUAUAAGGUCUUAUUUUUAUAUUUUCCUCACAUAAGACAGGCAGAUCUCACUUUACUAUUACAGCUAUCUACAUGCCUAAUGUAUCUGUCAGAAAUUAUCAAUAAAGAUUUCUCUAAGGUUCAAGAGUCUCACUAUGAUUUAUUACAUUAAUGUCAUGCGCCCCCUGGAGGAAUACAAAUAAAGUAGGCCUAUAUUUUAAAAAGUUCAGCAGAGCACCAAAUAUGAAGCUUCAUAUUUUUUGAACGUUAUUUGUAAAUCAAGCUAAUUCUUUCAAUGCUAAAACAUCGUUGUUAUUCAUUAUUAUUGUUAUUAAAUUGUUAUUUCUGUAUGUCUGCAAGCUAAAAAUAUGUUCAUGAAUCUGCUGAAUUAUGUAUAUUAAUGUAAUGAAAGCGGAAGCCGUUAUAGUUUAUUAAACGGGAUCAAGAGUGCA